AUGCUCUGGCGAAAGGGAAAGGGCGACGCCGCGGCCAAUUUGAAGAAGCAAGUCUACCAGCAGAGACUGCAAAUGGGACUUACCAAUUCGUCAGUGCCUCCUUCACUGCCCAGACGUCACACAGAACCACUCCAGGCUCCAGGAGAGAAUGGACUCCCCCAGGCGGGCACCGAACAGACCUCCUCAACAGAAGAUGCUCUCACGCAGGAGUAUAUGCUGGCAGAUCGCCGUGCUACGAUAUCAGUAUACAUCCUCUGCCGAGUCCUGAUUGCAAUUUUUGAACAAAGUAGUCUGGCUGCAAUAACCCAAGAUCUAGCCAACAAGCUCGAGGACAUCUUGUUCACCCAGAUCAGGGAGGUUGAGCCUUCGCAGAUCUUGACAUCGACCAUUCGACUUGCCAAUUGGAAGAUCUAUGGUGAAGUCCUAGGCCACAUGAGUCGCCUUGACUUUGUCAAUGUCACCUUUCGGUUUACCCAGCAACUAGAACAGUGGCAAGUGGAUUUUUCGAAGAGCCCGGGAACUGCUACGGCCAGAGAUAUCGAAUCUCGUCUUGAACUGCUCCUGCUUGGUAUGCGCCAUCUCCACAUUUCUGUUACGAGAGAAGCAGCCUUAAGUGUUGCCGAAUUUCUAAGAACACUUGCGGCCCUGUUCUCCGACGCGCAUGGACCUCGCGUAAAGCAAGCAUAUUGCCAGCUCUUCGAACGCAUGCUGACAGCGGUGGCGAGUAACCCCGAGUGUUUUCAGGCGGUGCCGAAGUGGAAAGAUUUUGUAGAGACCGUCAACUCGCGCCUAGGAAACAUGUUGGUCAAGGUUCGUCAUUGGAAUACGGGUUUUCCGGUGUCGAUUCUGCUCCUGUGCGUUUCGCCUAUCGAUGUGUUCUCCACGCAGUGGUUGCCAAUGAUUUCGACCCUGGCCCCCAAACUCAAGGAUAGGUCAACAAGAGCUCUUGCUUUGCAGGCAAUCUGUCAGCUGGUCUGGACGUACAUUACACGCGUCGCAGACACCACCCAAGUCAAAUUGCGUCGAUUGGAAGACAUCAUCAAAAUCACAAUUCCGCAAGGGAGAAAGACACACGUUGUCUCUGAGCCAUCCACCGCCGCUCCAUUGGUCCAGUUCAUCAGGAUCAUUGGCUUUGCGGCCCAGGACCUUUGCUUUCGCUCAAUCAUCUUUCCCCUCCUCCAUUAUGACAUGUUCCAAACCAGUCGAAGUCUCAAGAUUGAGAACAUGGAGCUAGAACGCAUGGUUAUUGGAAUACGAGCAUUUCUUGCUGUCAUGGCCGAUUUGGAGAAAAAUAGCCCGAGCGGGCCGCCGUUCCCUGCGUUCACCGUUUCAUCGCAGAACAUUGAUGGCCUACCAUCCUCGCCUGGGAGCAGGAGGACUAGUCUCGGCCUUGAUACGCCACUUCGACCGCGCUUUGAAGACGAGAGUCCCUCAAUUCCAGUCAAUACGGCAGUCCUGGACGAAAGUGCUAGACAGUACUAUUUGCAGUUUUGCCAAAUUUUGGGCAAGAUCACAAUCCUCUGCGACAAUACUUUUGGCGGACAAGCUACUCUGAAUGAGAAGCUGUCAUCAAACGUGACUCCAAAGACUCCUCUUGCCGAUGCAUUCGCUUUAACUCGCGGCCAGGACGGGACUGUCACUGAUCAGCGCCAGCUGUACUAUGAGUUGCUCCAUGUGGCUAUCCAAGCUCUUCCUCGUUGCUUCACCGAUCACAUUCCCCUGAGCCCAUUGAUCAACCUUCUGUGCACAGGCUCUGCUCAUGUACAAGCCAAUAUAGCAGCCUCUGCCACACAAUCUCUGAAGGCAAUUGCAAAGCAGGGCCACGCUCAAGCUGUAGCCAUUGCCUUUCCACGUUUCAUCUUCCACUAUGACUCCCAAUACUCUACGAUGUCAGACGAGGGCCGUCUGGGACCGGCGCAUAUCGAGGCGACGUUGACACUAUAUCUCGAAUUGUUACAAAUAUGGACAGAGCAGCUCAAGCAGAAGGCGGUGGCAAGCUCUUCAGAAAUGAGAGAUCGCUCGAUCACGGGCUCUCAGCGAGCUCUGCAGAUGGAACUGACAAAUGUCAUCCCGCAUGUGGAUGAAAUAGAAGCCUAUGGCCUGUUCUUCCUCUGCUCGCAGUCUCGCCGCGUGAGAGCAUUUGCUGUCAAGGUCCUUCGACUUGUUCUUCAGUUUGAUUCGGUCCUCGGCCAAGAUGUGCCAUCUCGCAUCAUCAAACUUCUUGAAGGCCAGUCAUCAGUAAUUUUGGACUUGCACGAGGAUGCGCUGAAUGUCGCAGAACGCAGCCGCUUACAAAAGGAUAAGCGCACUGGUCCUGGCCAAAGCACACUGAUUGAGAUCUGCAGCUCUGAAGUGUCCUAUGAUUCGACCCUCUGGUUCAAGGCUUUCCCGAAUUUGAUCCGCGUUGUAUUUGAUGCAUGCCCAAAUGCCAUUGCCUUAUGCCGCGGAACAGUCACGGACAGAUUGAUGAUGAUGCAGAAUGACGUUGAGGCGUUUUCAGAGACGACUGGUGCAAAUGCGGCAACGUAUGAGUACCGUCUGCAGGGACGAAGCUCGGCAACAUCUGCAGAGGUGCUCUUUGAGCAGUGGAAGUUGUACCUUAUCAUGGCCUGCGUCACUCUAAGUUCUCCAGGGGGCCAAUCUCGGAGCCAGCUUGCCGAUGCUGCUGCCCAUUCAAGGAAGACCUCCAAGGGCACUGCAACAGCACAAGACAAGAUGAGUUCUGCCAGAGCGUUGUUCUCUGCCAUCAUUCCAAUGCUUGGUGCAGCGCCCGACGCCAUACGUGAUGCAGUAGUCUCUGCUCUCGGUUCCAUCAAUCGCAAACUUUGCCGGACACUUCUCGAAUCGCUUCAGUAUGCGGUGAUCAAGUGCAAUGAUGAGGCAAAGGCGAGAAUCAACCAUCAGAGGACUCCAAGCAGCCCACAGCGAUCUCAGCAGACCGAACGGUUACGAACGGAGGUUACGCAUGUAUACAAGCUCACAGCGGCCUUCUUGCGUUUCGAAGAUAUCUAUGAAGACGACUGGAUUCUACAUAACCUCGUUAAUUACACGAGGGAUCUGCGUAUCUUUCUGAGCGACAAUGACGUGCAGAAUGAUUGGCGAUUCCAAAGACUAAGAUACCAUUUCUGUGGGUUAGUCGAGGAGGUCUUCGAAGGGGUCAACAGAUCGAAAACGCCGUCUCGCUGGAUGCCUUUCGAAUCGCGGAAGUCUGCAUUUGCCCUGAUGGAAGACUGGUGCGGCUACUCCGCAGAGCGGAAUUUGAUGGAUCCCAAUCACGGCCAUGCCCGCGACUUGCAUGAUCGGAUGAACGCGAGUGCUGCACUUGAGAAAGAGAAGAACAAUCUGCGAGUAGCUGCCCUGAGCGCAAUGGCGACAUUGUGCGCUGGGCCGAUCAGCAUCAAAACUGACAGCAACGCGAUCCUGUCAUUCAACCUUCAACGCAUGCUGUCAUGGAUCGAUACCAUUUUCGCUACAAGCAAUCACAAGAUGCACACCAUUGGGCGACGAGCGCUUAAGCUCCUCCUGAUGCACAAUCCGGAGCAUCUCGUCCUUGCCGAACAUGCUAUCGAGCAAUGCUACCGGACGGAAUCCUCGAUGGCGCUGGAGAGCUAUUUUACUGUGGUUUGCGAGGUUCUCAUUGAACAGCCAGACUAUCCCCUAGCCUUUUGGAAAAUUCUCAGCAUCACUGUGUUCACCUUGGGUAACGAAAAUCGUGAAAUCAGAAUGCAGGCGGCGCAUCUGAUCCGCACUCUACAUGAACGCCAACAUAAGAGCACCAAUCUUCAAGAGUUUGACAUCAGCAUUUCCGACAAGACGCGUGCUGUAUACAAAUUGGCCCAAUUUGAAUACUCCAAGCGACUUGCAAAGGCCAACUCAGACAUCGCGUUCAUGAUCUUCUCCGAGUUUUCACUCCAUUAUAAAUCUGCACGUAACGAUCAUCAGCGCAACAUGGUCGUCGCCAUCUUACCCUGGUUGCAGACUCUCGAGCUCCAGGUCGACCCGGGGACCGGGUCUCCAACUGCCGCCUCGUAUAUGCUUCUGGCAAACAUGUUCGAAAUCACGAUUUGCUCAAGCAGCGCAAUGCACAACGAGGUCCAAGCCUUGUGGCAAGCCCUGUCAACAGGACCUCAUGCGGGAAAUGUGCAACUGAUUCUUGACUUCAUUAUUUACCUGUCGCUCGAUCGCCGCGAUCAGAACUUUGUCGAAUACGCAAAGCAAAUCGUUGUAUAUCUUUCUUCCACUCCUGCCGGUUCACGAGUGCUGGAAUUUUUCAUGUUACAACUCGCGCCAAAGAACAUGGUUAAUGACAGAAAGCAUGCUGAUGUAGUAAUGCCUGAUACAAGAAAUCUUCCCUACGUGGCUGAUUUGACAUCCCUUUUGCCUAUGGGCAACAAACAGGUUGGUCUUUCCUUAGGACAAGUCUCCCUGAUUUUCUUAGUCGACCUCAUGGUUACACCGGUGACCCUGGCCAAAGAUGAGGCGAUCAAGCUCAUUCAUACUGUCCUCAUCCUUUGGGACCACUACACAACGUCAGUCCAGGAACAGGCUAGAGAGAUGCUGGUCCACCUCGUUCACGAAUUGGUAACCACAAAGAUCGACUCGCAGAUCCUCUCCUCUGUCAAGUCAGACAUUGAAAGUCUUGUUGCUGCAAUUCGAAGCAACAGUCCUCGGAUAAGCUGGACUUACGAGAGCAACACAAGGAAGGACGAAGACGAUGGCGCUAGCCGGGUACCGCAGGCAAUGGGGGUUCUCACCUCGGAAAUUGUCAACAUUUUCAAUCUAGCGUUUGACAAUUUUAGCGACAGCUGGGCUAAAGAAGCGCUGCACUGGGCCUCUAUCUGUCCUGUCCGGCAUUUGGCAUGUCGGUCGUUCCAAGUAUUUCGUUGCAUUUCUGUCAGCCUCGAUGCUAGGAUGCUUGCGGAUAUGCUUGCACGACUUUCCAACACGAUUGCCGAUGAGCACACGGACUACCAGACCUUCUCGAUGGAGAUCUUGACAACACUCAAAGUCAUCAUUGGAGCACUGGAACCCAAAAAUCUUCUGAGAUAUCCGCAGCUCUUCUGGACGACAUGCGCCUGCCUCAAUACCAUUCAUGAAAGGGAGUUCUACGAGACGUUGGGAAUGCUCGAGAAAUUCCUCGACAAAUUGGACUUGUCCGCUCCGGACGUUACGGACGCUAUGAUGAAGGGGCUCCCCGGAAAAUGGGAUGGCGGCUUUGAGGGGCUGCAGCCACUGCUUUACAAAGGGUUGAAGUCGGCCGACAGCUUGGACAAGACGCUUUUCCUUCUCCACAAACUCGCAGACCUGCCGGAUUGCCAACUAAUUGGGAACGACAAUCGCCUCCUCUACUGUGUCCUGGCAAAUCUACCCCGGUGGCUUCGAAGCUUUGAACUCGACGAGAUCGAACCUAUGACGAUAGCUUCGGCCCAGAGACUCACAAAAGUGGCGAGCGCAGCUGGCCAUGAUCUUCUUUCGGCCACUCUUCAGCGUUUCGCCAAUAACGAAAUAACAUCGAGUCAAGAGAUGCUCACCACCACCAUUCAAGCUAUGAGGGCCGCGUACUUUCCAGCAUGCGACGCUCCAAGUUUGAUCUUCAUGAUCGGACUAUUGACCAACAAGACACCGUGGUUUCGAGUCAAAUUGAUGGACAUUCUAUGCGAGUUAAUCCCGAUUGUGAACAUGAAGAGCCAUGCCAUCACGACACAUGGACCCGAUCUCAUUUCUCCCCUGCUGCGGCUAUUGCAGACGGAGCACUGCACACAGGCUCUGGAAGUGAUGGACUAUAUCAUGGAGGUAGCAGCUACGCCCAUGGAAAAGCAUCACAUGCGGAUGAGCAUGGCUUCCGGCUCAGCAAAGGCUAUCAGAAAAGAGUAUGAGCGGACACAAAGCCUGUACGGGAUUCCCCACUCAUCCGGCUGGUCUAUCCCGACGCCUGCCAUCUAUUCUAGCAUGACGAGGCACAAUGUCCAUGCUGUUUUCUAUACAUGCGGCGACUCGGACUUGUUGAAUACUCAAGAAACCACCACUCCUGAUGUUGAGUUUCAAGGUGAUGAUGGCUACACGGAUUCAUACUUUCCCCCACAGAGUCGUGCUGAAACUAUCCGGUCACUGGAAGUGGCGGCAGACGCCAAUGUCAGUGACUUGGUCAACACACUUGACAGCCUCGAUGAUUUCUUCGACGAUCUUGAUGGCGACGACGUCUUAACUCCCACCGGCACCAGUCAGCUUGGCGUGUCCGUCAUUGCGCUUCCCACUCUUACCGAACACAGCACAGCGAUGUAUGACGAGCAGACUGCCCCGAUUCUUCGUCAGAGUCUAGCGCGGACUUCAUCGACAACGACGGUACAGGAUGGGUUUACCGAAGCCGGACCACUGCCUGGCAUCGUUCAUCGAACUCAGCCUAGUCUAUCGUCUCCAAGCUCUACCGCAGCUACACAAUCAUCCUUCUCUUCGAUCGACGAGUUGGGAGGCCCGGGACCGUCAUUGCCCAAUUCUACCAAGAAGCCUAUGCUCCAGAGCAUGCUUAGUCCUGUCAACCAUACUCGACCUGGACUUCAUGCCAGAUCAAUUACCUCUCCAGCGAACCAAUUUCAGGCAUCGCAACCAACUUCAUAUGGAAUGACUCCCAUGUCUGAAGGCGGAUCAUUCAGGUCUCAGGAUGAUUAUGCUGAUCAGUACGAUGAGGUCAUUAUGUCGGAUGGAGAGAGCAGUCCAUUUCCCUCGCUAAGCAUGACCAUAUCCAACCAGACCAAAUCUUUGUCAGGCCCAGGGCCCUCCGAAUAUCAGACAAUGCCAACAUCUGCAAACGAGACUGGAGGAGCAUUCAGCCUGCAGGGAAUGCGAAGAGGCAUGCGGCGUCUUACAGGCGGCAAGAGUGAAAGCCAAAAGGAGAAGGACAAGAUCAAAGACCUGGCGCGCUUACGCGGGCAAUCCGGAGGACAGGGACAAGCGACGGCGGCGUUGCAGAGUCCCAGGGUUCCAAGAGUGCCGGCGGAGUAUCUCAAUGCAUCCAAUACGAGCGGGGUCAGCCCAACUGCGAGCCCGGGAUUUUGA